UGUGACGUCACCUGCGGAGCCACUCAAGAUGGCGGCGAUUUGAAAGACGGAUCGCUGGCGAGGGGGAGAAGAUGGAGCGGCCCGGAGUGGGGACCGGGACACGUCGGACCAUCCCUCGCCCAGUCCGCCGGCAUUGCGGUUUAUCAUAUUGGAUGUUUGCCGUGCAACCUCCAGAAUGGUGGUGCCUGUAAUUGAUGGAUCGGUGCAAGCAUGUAGGUCGGCUUCGGCUGGCCCAGGAUCAUUCGAUUUUAAAUCCGCAAAAAUGGCAUUGUAUGGAGUGCAACACUACCGAGUCCAUGUGGGCAUGUCUCAGCUGUUCCCACGUUGCUUGUGGACGAUACAAUGAAGAACAUGCACUCAAACAUUUUCAGGAGAGUCAACACCCCGUGGCCUUGGAAGUAAAUGAACUGUACGUAUUUUGUUAUAUAUGUGACGACUAUGUGUUAAAUGACAAUGCCACUGGUGAUCUUAAGCUAUUGAGGAGCACAUUAAGUGCGAUCAAGAGCCAGAACUAUGACUGCACAACUCGAAGUGGUAGGACUUUACGGUCGAUGGCAAGCGGUGACGACUCUUAUCUUUCUCGAGGGUGUACGCAAGCACAACUGCGCAACGAAGAUCAGAUGUUCACAGCACUUUGGCACCGGCGUCAAUCGCUUAUGUCCAAGGUCUUCCAAUCUUGGUUUGUGCUGACACCUACGGGCAAACUGAGGCUGGAAGAAGAGCUGUCAAGAGAGGAGGCUGAAAUUAAGAGGGAAGAUGCUCGGAAAAGACGACAGGAGCUGAAACGCCGGCUGCACGAAGAGUUCUUAAGCUUGCCGCCACGUAAGAGUCUGCGUUUAAAAGAUCCCUCGUAUACAAGUGACCUGUCGACUGAAAUCGUACCUGCAAAACAUCCAGCUGGCCUGCCUUCCUGCACAGUUAGAUUGAAAAAAAUUGGUGAUUCUCCUAUUAAACGAAGGCCGACUGUCACGCCUGGCGUGACGGGACUGAGGAACUUGGGUAAUACCUGCUACAUGAACUCCAUUCUACAGGUGCUCAGCCAUUUGCAAGUGUUUUGUGAGUGCUUCUUGGAUCUGGAUUUGAGUCCGUCCCAGGAUUUGCUGGCUGGUACAGCAAAUGGGAAAACCAGGUCGUGUAGCAGGCGACCUAUUGUCGGUGAAGUCAGUUCGAGUACAUCUCUGGAUGAGGAAAAAGGUUCGAGGCGACCCAGUUUCUCAGAAGGCCUAAGCGGGGGAGCAUCACAGAGCCAAAAUCGGGAACUCAUUCAAUUAAAGGAGCCGAACUCCAAACAUAUUACCCUGUGCCACGAACUCCACACCCUUUUCCUGGUCAUGUGGUCUGGGAAAUGGGCAUUGGUGUCUCCCUUUUCUAUGCUGCACUGCGUCUGGCGACUUAUUCCUACGUUCCGUGGCUAUGCCCAGCAGGAUGCUCAGGAGUUUCUCUGCGAGCUGCUGGAUAAAGUUCAGCAGGAACUGGAAGCUACAAAGCCAUCAGUUCAUCACAAGCGAUCAAUUCCCAUAUCACAGCGAAAACUUAUCCGAAGAGUUCUGAAUGUGAUUAACACCAUUUUCCACGGACAGCUGCUCAGCCAGGUUACUUGCCUUACCUGCGACAACAAAUCCAACACAAUUGAAUCCUUCUGGGACCUUUCUCUAGAAUUUCCCGAGCGAUACCACUGCAAUGGAAAAGAAGAUGCUUCCCCAUAUCCUUGCUUGUUGACGGAAAUGUUGGCAAAAUUCACUGAGACAGAGGCUUUGGAAGGGAAAAUUUAUGCCUGUGACCAAUGCAACAGUAAGCGCAGGAAGUCCUCUUCAAAACCAUUGAUCCUAACUGAAGCACAGAAACAGCUCGUGAUCCACAAGCUACCUCAUGUUCUGCGUCUACACCUCAAACGCUUUAGGUGGUCGGGUCGCAAUCACCGUGAGAAGAUCGGAGUCCACGUGAGCUUCGACCAGGUGUUAAACAUGGAGCCAUACUGUUGCAGAGAGUCCACUGGAGCCCUCGGGACCAAUUACUUCACGUAUGACCUGGCUGCCGUGGUCAUGCAUCACGGAAAGGGCUUUGGCUCAGGACAUUAUACAGCGUAUUGCUACAAUACGGAUGGAGGGUUGUGGGUCCAUUGCAAUGAUUCAACGGUGACUCUGUGUACUGUGGAUGAAGUUUGCAAAGCUCAAGCCUACAUCCUCUUCUAUAUUCGCCGACUUCCUGACGGCAUUGAAGUGCCUUCAUCGCCUGCCUCACCUGAUAACUGAACACCAGCAACAUGACUACAGCUUGAAUACUCUGUAACAAUCACUUCCUCAACAAUACCCUGACACAAGCAUUUUGUGGACGUACAUUUUACUGAUGAUGUUGGGACUUUAAUUUUUGAACAGAUGUGUACUUUGUUUUAUUAGUUCUGUUGUGUGUGUUUUAUUUUCCUCAGAAAUAUUUGGGUCUAGUUUGAAUGAAUACUUUCCAUUGCUUCAUACGCAAUAACCUUCUUAUAAUGAUGACAUACAUGCAAGACAGCACCUUUUUAUUUUCAUCAUAAAUUUGAUAAGUGGAAUUUAAUAGAUCAGUUAUGGAGAACAUGUACAGUUGAACAGUUCAUAGUUUGGUGAUAAAUGUUAAUGUUCCCAUCUCAGUUUCCUAAAUUCACCAUCGAACCACACACCAUGGUCUACAAUAUUUGCAGAUUCAGUGUCAUCUUCUAGGCUUUGAUAUAGAAUGUGCAGGGAUCCUUGUUUUAGAUUUCUACCAUUUUCUCUGCAAUGUUAAAAUAUUUUUUCCCUUAAUAGAAAUUCAGAGUGGCGCUGCGAUUGAGUUGCUGCCUUACAGCACCAGAGACCCGGGGAUCGAUUCUGAUUACGGGUGCUGUCUGUAUGGAGUUUGUACGUUCUCCCCGU